AUGUCGCUGUUCAUCCUCACCGAGACCAGCGCCGGUUAUGCCCUGCUGAAGGCCAAGGACAAGAAGCUUUUCAAGCGCGACCAGCUCCCCGAGGAUGCUAACACCGCCGAGGGAAUUACCAACCUGUUCAAGCUCAAGGCUUUCCAAAAGUUCGACAGUGCCGCCGCCGCUGUUGAGGAGGCUACUGCGAUCAUUGAGGGCAAGGUCACCCCCCGCCUCGCUUCGCUUUUGGACGGAAUCAAGGAUGAGAAGAAGGUUUCCCUCGCUGUUGCGGACCCUAAGCUCGGAAAUGCCAUUGGCAAGCUGCCCGGUCUCUCUGUUGAGCUGAUUGCCGACUCUACCACCGCCGAUGCUUUCCGUGCUAUUCGUGAGCACCUCUCUGCUCUCAUCCCCAGCCUGGCUCCUGGUGACAUGUCCACCAUGGCCCUCGGUCUGUCCCACUCUCUCGCCCGUCACAAGCUCAAGUUCUCCCCCGAUAAGAUCGAUACUAUGAUCGUCCAGGCCAUUGGUCUGCUGGACGACAUGGACAAGGAGCUGAACACCUACGCCAUGCGUGUUAAGGAAUGGUACGGCUGGCACUUCCCCGAACUCGCCAAGAUCCUCAACGACAACAUUGCCUACGCCAGACUCGUCCUGAAGAUGGGUAUGCGUACUAACUGGGAGACUGUCGAUCUCUCUGAGAUCCUGCCUGAGGAGAUUGAGGGUGCCGUCAAGUCCGCUGCCGAUCGUUCCAUGGGUACUGAGAUCAGCGAGAAUGAUCUCGAGAACAUCCAGGCUCUGGCCGACCAGGUUGUCUCCCUGGCUGACUACCGCACACAGCUCUCCAGCUACUUGACAUCCCGUAUGAACGCCAUCGCUCCUAACCUGACUGCCCUUGUCGGUGAGCUUGUUGGUGCCCGUCUGAUUGCCCACGCUGGUAGCUUGACCAGCCUUUCCAAGAGCCCCGCCUCCACCCUCCAGAUUCUCGGUGCUGAGAAGGCCCUUUUCCGUGCCCUGAAGACCAAGCACGACACUCCUAAGUACGGUCUGAUCUACCACGCUUCCCUGAUUGGCCAGGCCACCGGCCGCAACAAGGGUAAGAUGGCCCGUAUUCUGGCCGCCAAGGCUUCCCUGGGUAUCCGUGUGGAUGCUCUCGCUGAGUGGGAUGAGGAUGUUACCGAAGAGGACAAGGCCGCUCUCGGUACCGAGGCUCGCUUCAACCUUGAGCGCAAGCUCGCCGGUAUGGAGGGCAAGCCUGUUAAGCCCCGUGGUGUCAACAUUGCCCCCAACGGUGAGGCUGUUCAGCCCCAGAAGUUCGACCUCAAGGAGGCUCGCAAGUACAACCCCGAUGCCGAUGCUCUUGACUCCGAGGAGCCCAAGUCAGCUAAGAAGGAAAAGAAGAACAAGAAGCUCGUCGAGGAGGUCGACUCAGAUGAAGAUAUGGAGGAUGCCGAUUCCGAUUCCGAUGACUCUGAAUCCAGCGGUGAGAAGACCGAGCUGGAGAAGCAGGCUGAGAAGGCUGGUCUCAGUGUUAAGCGUUACCAGCGCAAGCUUGAGCGUGGAGAGAUUACUUUCGAUGCCUCUGGGAACCCUACAGCUGUUAGCAAGAAGGAUCUGAAGAAGGCUAAGAAGGAGUCUAAGAAGGCCGACAAGGAAGAUGGCAAGAAGCGCAAGCGUUCCGACGAGGACGAGGUCAAGAAGGAUAAGAAGAAGAAGAAGAGCAAGAGCGAGUAA